UUGAAGUGAUUGUGAACGCGUCGAGUGAAUCGGAUCGGUGUAUCGUUGCCUUUCGUUAGUGCGUGUGUGUAUUGGGAAAACAUCGAAUUGAAACUUUUACUGCACCAACACAAUGAGUAAAUUUGAAAUUCCCAAGACGGUAAAUCCCGACUUGGACAUUGAGCGCAAGAAUGCCAGUUUUAAUCCCGACGAAAUGGCAGCCUUUUUCUGGGGUAAACAGGAAAUUGUGGAGAUGAAACGAAUGAUAGAACAAGAGAUAUAUUCCGAUUUAGAUGAUCCUCUUACACAUGAAUUUGCCUCCUAUGAGGAUAUGGCUUCAAUAGCCAUUAAACAUGCCGUAGCAGCUACCAAAAAAUUACGGGCCAUACAGGACCGAAUAAAUCCAGGAGGAUCUGAAGUAUAUCCAACCCUUAUGGGAGGACCUGUGGGUGCUGCUCUUAUGCCUGCUGGUAAUCCCUUUGCUGUGCACUUGGUCAUGUUCACAAGAGCCCUUAAGGGUCAGGGAACACCAGAACAAUAUGAGAAAUUUGGACGCCGUGCUGAUAACUGUGAAAUUAUAGGAACAUUUGCCCAAACCGAAUUGGGUCAUGGUACAUAUCUAAGAGGUUUGGAGGCCCGAGCCGACUAUGAUCGCAAAACACAGGAGUUUGUAUUAAACACACCCACCAUGACUUCCUAUAAAUGGUGGCCGGGAGGAUUGGGUCACACCUGUAAUUACUGCAUAUUUGUGGCCCAACUCUAUAUAGACAAUGAGGCCAAGGGUAUUCAUAUGUUUGUGGUACAAGUUCGAGAUGAAGAGACCCAUAUGCCUUUGCCUGGUGUCCAUGUGGGUGAGAUUGGCAAAAAGUUGGGCAUGAAUGGUGUCAACAAUGGCUUUUUGGGUCUUAAGGACUAUCGCGUUCCCCGCAUGAAUAUGUUAAUGAAAAAUCAACAAGUCCUAGCCGAUGGCACCUACAUCAAAAGUCCUGUAUCUCAGUUAUCAUAUUUUCCCAUGGUUUAUGUGCGCUGUAUGGUGGCAAUUGGUAAUGCUUUGAUGUUGGCCCAGGGAGCCACAGUGGUUACUAGAUAUUCGGUGGUGAGGCGCCAGAGUCCCAUUGAUGAAAAUGAACCUGAACCCAAAGUAUUGGAACAUUUGACCCAACAAAUGAAAGUUAUACCCGAAAUUGCCACCGCCAUUGCCUACCGUUUGGCUGCCGCUAACCUUUAUCUUUUGUACAAUCAGACAGCAAAAGAUAUCAGUCGUAAAGAUUUUUCCCGCCUUCCUGAACUUCAUGCUUUGGCGUGUAUCUUAAAAGUUUCCUGUUCCUAUGAUUCGACCUUUGGCAUUGAACGUUUGCGCCAAAGCUGUGGUGGUCAUGGCUAUUUACUGGCAGCCAAUUUGGGAAAUCUUUUUGCCACUGCCACAGCUGCCUGCACCUAUGAGGGUGAAAAUUCUGUUCUCUAUCUUCAAGUGGGAAAAAUUCUAAUGAAAGUUUGGGCUGAUGUAUUGGAGGGCAAAAAAUUAAUGCCCACCAUGGCAUAUUUUGCAGAGUGUGCGCAAAUGACGCAAUUUCCCAAUUGGACUGGAACCUGGGAUUGUUUGGUGAAGGCUCUACAAUUUGCAUGUGUUGGUGCUACCCGUGUUGCCCAUAGAAGUUACAGCGCCCGCCUUAAAGCUGGUCAAAGUCAACCUGUGGCUGUCAAUAACACUGCUCUGGAACUAACAAAAGCUGCUGAGUUACAUGGUCGCGUUAAUGUGGCUGGCAACUUUUACCAAGAAGUCGUAAAUGGAAAAGGCAAAGAUAAACGAUCACCACAAUUCCAAAAGGUUUUGGAGAAUCUAUUGGAGUUGCAUUUGAUUCAGACAUUCUUCCGUCAUUUGGGAGAUAUUUUGAGGUUUGUUCGUGUUACGGAAAAUGAAAUCUCCGCCUUACAAGUGCGUAUGGAGGAGGCCCUGAUAACUUUGCGUCCUGAUGCUGUGGCCAUUACCGAUGGUUUUGAUUUUCAUGACAAAGUUUUGAGUUCAGCUUUGGGCUCCUAUGAUGGAAAUGUGUAUGAGCGUCUAUUUGACGCAGCACUUAAACAUCCCUUAAAUAAGAAACCAGUGCCAGAUUUCUUUGAGAAGUAUUUGAAACCAUUCAUGAAGGAGAAUGCCAUAAAGGCCAAAGCCAAAUUGUAAACUCCAGUUAAAGUUUAAAAAUUAAGCCCCUGUCUUUGCCUGUUUUAAAACAUAUUGGUGUAUAUAUAUUUCCAUGGUGCAUAGCUUUCUAUAGGUAUUUUUGAUAAUUGACUUUGUUUUUUUAUGUAUUUACAUAAUUUUAUGCAUAAAUGUAGAGUUGUACAUACAAAUUAGUAUAUAUUUUUGUAAGUGAUGAACAAAUAAAAAGUUUAAUACAUAUGAAA